CGCGCUCUGAGCAGCAGCAGACAGCGCUAAAUAAGUGAAGCCUUUUUCAGAAGCAAUCAGGCAGCCGCAGCCUCAGCGUCGUCGGCAGCUAGCACACACACUCUGGACGCGCUGCAAUCAAGAUUGCUUUGAAUAUUCUCUAUUUAGGCUCUCUUAACCAGAACAAUUUCCGUAUUCUCUUCGAUCUGAAUAGGCUACAUAUUGUAGUGCGCUGGCACGGAUGUUCUAUUAGGCUUCUCUGCUGUCUCUUGGCUGGGGAAAAUACUCGGGAGGUGAAUUUGUAUCCAACUGUCAACGAGAGUGGAUGACUCUGGUCGACCUCUGUCAUCUUGAAGUUGUCUUAUUUGGGGUUUUUGAGCAUCCUACGGACUGUGAAUUGUGAUGUUCUUGUGCCAUUGUCGCGCUGGUUCCCCAGGUUGAAGAUAGUGUUUGAGUUGGAGAGAUUUUAACGCGGAGACCUUGUGCAUCACGGAGACCAGGAGGAGAGAGAGAACCGUCAGCGCCAAUAACACCUUCUGCAAGAGAACGGGUCUCCGUUUCUUCCAUAUAUGGUGCAACACCAAAACUGGACACUCGGAAUAAGCCUACAGAAAACCUGUCAUCGAUAAUAAAUCUGUUUUAAAUUCGUUGUGAUAGGCUACAAUCGGGUUCAGGUUGCUCGCUGCGGUUGAACCCCCUACCUAGGCUACGGUUGCUGUUUCACUGUUUGGACCAUUUUAAUAUACACUACUAUAUUUCCCUCUCGGGUGGAUUGUUUGACCACCUCGAAAGACCCCGAAUUUGCGAUGCCUGAGCAGUGAGACCUCGGUGGGAUCUGAUUUGGUCGUCCUGCACGCCACGGUAGCAUGGCCCCGUCCCGAAGGCACUGCGGAUGGGAGAUGACGCCUCUGUCGGGAUGCCUGCUCCUGUCCAUCUUGGCGUUUCAACCUGCGCUAGCCAAGGUCUGCAAUGACUAUUCGAGGCACGGUCAGGACAACAGCUGGUUCUCGGGGGAUGAUGAGAAGUUGCCCAUCAUGGUGCUCAUGCCGAUGAAUGAGUCGGCGCUGAUGAGCAGCAUUAGUCAGGGCAUCGAGCCCGCAGUCCAACUGGCCAUCCAGCACAUACGAGAGUCACAGAAUUACAAGUUUUCACUCAUCACUAAAAUCUACGACACCGAGUGUGACAACGCCAAGGGAUUGAGGGCCUUCUUCGAUGCCAUAUGCUACGGACCCAAACACCUGAUGAUCUUUGGAGGGGUGUGUCCUUCUGUCACAUCCAUCAUCGCUGAGUCACUGGAGGGGUGGAACCUGGUGCAGCUCUCCUUUGCGGCAACAACUCCUGUUCUGGCCGACAAGAAGAAGUACCCCAACUUCUUCCGGACAGUUCCGUCGGACAACGCGGUGAACCCAGCCGUGGUCAAGUUCCUCAACUUCUACAACUGGAGCCGCGUGGGGACCCUCACACAGGACGUUCAGAGGUUCUCAGAGGUGAGGAAUGACUUGACCAAUGAGCUGGAAAAGGCGGACAUCCAGAUCGCUGACACCGAGAGCUUCUCCAACGACCCCUGUGUCAACGUCAAGAAGCUCAAGGAUAAUGACGUGAGGAUCAUUAUCGGACAGUUUGAUGAGAACCUGGCCUCCAAAGUAUUCUGCUGUGCGUACAACCUGAACAUGUAUGGUAGUAAGUACCAGUGGAUCAUACCAGGCUGGUACCAGGGGAACUGGUGGGAGCAGGCCAACUCCACCAACUGCACCACCAAGAAGCUGCUGACCGCUAUGGAGGGAUACAUCGCUGUGGACUUUGAACCGCUCAGCGCCAAACAGGUCAAGGGGAUCUCUGGAAGGACACCUAAAGAGUAUGAGAGGGAGUACAGUAAAGAGCUGCAGCAGAAGGGGGUGGAGCCCUCAAAGUACCACGGCUUCGCCUACGACGGGAUCUGGGUCAUAGCUAAGACCCUGACCCGCGUCAUGGACUUACUGCAGCACAAGGAGAGGCAGGACAUGUACCACAACUUCACCGUGGACGACCGGGAGGUUGGCAGGCUGGUGCUGGAUGUCAUGAACGAAACCAACUUCUAUGGUGUCACGGGCCAAGUCAUGUUCAGGAAUGGAGAGCGGAUGGGCACGAUCAAAUUCACACAGUUUCAAGAGGGGCAGGAGGUUAAGGUUGGAGAGUACAACGCUAUCGCUGAUGUCCUGGACCUCAUCAACAACACCAUGAGGUUCCAAGGAGUGGAGCCUCCUAAGGACCGUACGUUUGUACGUCUGCAGCGUCGCAACAUCAACGUACCCCUCUACAGCAUCCUGUCUGUUAUCACCAUCCUGGGCAUGCUCAUGGCAGGGGCCUUCCUCUUCUUCAACAUCAAGAACCGCAACCACAGACUGAUCAAGAUGUCCAGUCCCUACAUGAACAACCUUAUCAUCCUGGGUGGAAUGCUUUCCUACUCCUCCAUCUUCCUCUUCGGCCUGGACGGUGCCUUGGUGUCCGACAAAGAGUUUGAGGCCCUGUGUACUGUGCGAACAUGGAUCCUCAUUGUGGGGUACACGACAGCGUUUGGUGCCAUGUUCGCCAAGACAUGGAGAGUCCAUGCUAUCUUCAAGAACGUGAAGAUGAAGAAAAAGAUUAUCAAGGACCAGAAGCUGCUGAUCAUCGUGGGUGGGAUGCUGCUGAUUGACCUGUGCAUCCUCAUCUGCUGGCAGAUCGUUGAUCCGCUGAAGAGGACCGUGGAGGAGUACAGCUUGGAGGCGGACCCCCAGGGGCGGGACAUAGCCAUCCGGCCCUUCCUGGAACACUGCGAGAACACACACAUGACCAUUUGGCUGGGGAUCGUGUACGCAUACAAGGGCCUGCUUAUGUUGUUUGGGUGCUUCCUGGCUUGGGAAACGAGGAAUGUGAGCAUCCCGGCCCUGAAUGACAGCAAGUACAUCGGGAUGAGUGUGUACAAUGUGGGCAUCAUGUGUAUCAUCGGGGCAGCCGUGUCCUUCCUCACGCGAGACCAGCCCAAUGUGCAGUUCUGCAUCGUGGCUCUGGUCAUCAUCUUCUGCAGUACCAUCACUCUCUGUCUGGUGUUUGUGCCAAAGUUCAUCACGAUGAGGACCAAUCCGGACGCAGCUACUCAGAACCGGAGAUUAAAGUUCAAUACGAAUCAGAAGAAAGAGGACUCCAAGACGUCCACGUCAGUGACCAGUGUGAACCAGGCCAACACGUCCAGACUGGACGGCCUGCAGACCGACAACCACCGCCUCCGCAUGAAGAUAACAGAGUUGGAUAAGGAACUGGAGGAGGUGACCAUGCAGCUGCAGGACACCCCAGAGAAGACCCCGUACAUCAAGCAGAACCACUACGGAGACGUCAACAACAUCCUCAGCAUACGCAACUUCACAGACGGCAAAGAGGGGGAGAAAUCAAUACUGAAGAAUCAUCUUGAGCAGAAGCCUCAGGCCCAGUGGGGCUCCAUGGAUCCUUCCAGAAUAAACAGAGGUCCCCUGGAGGAUAUCAACUCACCUGAACACAUACAGCGCAGGCUGUCGUUGCAGCUGCCAAUCCUGCACCAUGCCUACCUACCCUCCAUAGGGGGGGUGGAUGCCAGCUGUACCAGCCCCAACGCCAGCCCCGGCUCUAGCCCACGGCACAGACACAUGCCCCCGUCCUACCGGGUCAUGGUCUCAGGCCUGUGAGCAUCAGUCCCCCCUGGCACUUCCAAGAAAGGACAUCCGCGUUUUAAAAACAACAAGCAGACCCUGGCUGAGGCCGUCAGCAACAGUGGAAUAAUAUGUUCGUUUCACUCCUCAUGCCAUGGUCUCUAGAACCAUGGGUCGGGAAGGGGAGAGGGCACAGGAGGACCUUACAAAUGACCCACGAUCCAGAGCAACAACCUCCUUCGGUCUUACCCCCCCACAC